GCACCAGAUACGUCCUCUGCCUCGCUCUGCUCAGUGCUCACUCGGUCACUCCGCUUUCCCUCGCGCCGAUACCACCACCACCACCGCGGCCGCCGCUACCACUGGUCGCGCCGUCGCUCUCGUCCUCUGCAGCCACAACACCCUUCCCCAAUCCUCUUGUCCUCCUUCCUCGCGCUUGCCCGCGACCACACUCCGCCGCCAGGCAGAGCUCGCUCCUAUCCACCUGGAUAGAGCACAUCCUGUUCGAUGAAAUGCCCAGCUCGCAGUCGUCCCUUUUUUCUCCAGUCGCACCCGCAGCUGCACACAUGAUACAUGCGUGCGUGUCGUUCCAGUAGAAGUUGGCAUUGCUACUUUCUCCACAGAUUCAGUUUUUCCUCUCAGUUGGGUAUAAGGAUUCUGUCUGUUAGCACACAAGCGAGAUGGCAUCCAAGCUAUUCAGUCCAAAAAAUCUGCGCAUCUUCUCCCCGAGGCCGCACAUGCUGGAUGAGGCGUUCUGUUACGGGCCGUUUAACCGUAGUAUGCAGAGGAGGUGGAAGAAGCCGGUGGACUCAGCACGGACCCGCCUGGAGGGCAGAACAAGGGACCAUAGGCUGGACAAGCUGAUGCUCCAACUCAAGAACCUGAGGCUCGCCUUGGAUUUGCAUGCCGUGAUAUCCCAGCAGAGGAACGGCUACGCGUCCCUCCAGCUCCUUCUGAGGUGGAGGCGUGAGAUCGGUCUCAACACCGAGAUCGGCGCUUUCCUCAAGAAAUACCCCCACAUUUUCGAGAUUUACGUGCACCCUGUCAAAAGGAACCAUUGCUGCAGGAUCACCCGAAAGAUGGCUGAUUUGGUCGCGGAAGAAGACGCUGUCCUCAGGGAAAAUGAGCCGGCCGUGGUUCAGCGGCUCAAGAAACUUCUCAUGAUGUCUACCGAUGGAACUCUCAAUAUGCAUGCGUUAUGGCUCAUAAGGAAGGAGCUUGGCCUGCCCGAUGACUACAGGUCUUCUAUGCUGCCAAACCAUCAGUCUGAUUUUUCUCUUGAAACCCCUGAUACCCUGACUUUGAUCAGUCGUAGGGAUGAGAAUCUGGCUGUUGCUAGUGUCGAAGAAUGGAGGGACAAGGAGUAUACAGAAAAAUGGUUAGCGGAAUAUGAGACCAAAUAUGCUUUUCCAGUAAACUUCCCUACAGGCUUUAAGAUUGAGAAAGGUUUUAGGGAAAAGCUUAAGAAUUGGCAGAGGCUUCCCUACACCAAACCUUACGAGAAGAAUGAUUUGCAUCCAAUCACCAACGCUGAGAGGCUUGAGAAACGUAUUGUUGGUAUUCUUCAUGAACUCUUAAGCUCGACAGUCGAAAAGAUGGUGCCACUUGAGAGGUUGUCACAUUUCAGGAGACCAUUUUCGAUGGAGGUAAACUUGCGGGAACUUCUUCUUAAGCACCCUGGCAUUUUCUACAUCUCGACUAAAGGAAGCACACAAACUGUGCUUCUUAGGGAGAGUUAUAAUAAAGGAUGUUUGCUUGAGCCAAACCCUGUUUAUAGCGUGCGAAGGAAAAUGCUAGAUCUGAUUUUGGCUGGAUGUCGUGGCAUUGUUCAAACUGAAAAUGCCAUCUCGCUUGUUGAGGAGGAUAGCCAGGGAAGCAGUCAGAAUCACACAUGCCAGGUGGAUAACAUGAAUUCCAUGUCAGAGUCUGAAAGUGACUCCUCUGUAGAGCCAUUUUCUUGAGGAGUCUUGCUGUGGCACGGGCGAGAUUAGGAUUCGAUGAAAUAAUGCAGUAAUGGGAGAACCUGAAGCGUUCAGCAGACAACAAACAAGCUUGUAUAUUUAUCGCAGAUACUGUGAACGAAAUUAGCGCCUGUGCGCAAUCCAUUGACACAUUUUUCUGUAACAGCAACCCACUUCUUCAAACUGAUCAUGGAUUUCUUCUUGGUUGUAAAUUUAUCGCAGAUACUGUGGAGUGUGGACGUUUGCUUCUUUCACCAUCUCGCAGCAGGUUCUUCCUAGGCUUGGGUUAACUGGAUCCCGGCCUUUGUGGACAGCGUCUAUUGCGCUGUAGUAGUGUUUCUCUGCUCUUGAAGAAGGGGCAUGGCUGUAGAGAGUAGAGACUAGUGGGCAGAAUAUGCAUACCACUUGAGGACUUGUCAUCUUGUUGUGAAUGAUGCUCCUGUUCUUUUCUAUUGCAAACUUGCAUGUUCUUGCUACUCA